AUGAGCUUGACAGUUACCAAUCUCAAUGUGCCACAAUCUGGCUCAAGCAGUGUAUCUGGAGUAUCGACAAGCACUGUAUCUCCAGGCAUACAAGCUCUAGCCACCGUCACCGUUAAACUCGCCGCUGCGCUUGAUCCUACUUUGAUGAACUUUACAUGGCCCGCCGUUAACGUCCCACAAGGGUGGUAUCGGCUAUACGCUGGAAUUGACAGCCAGUCCUUCAUACAGACCUCUGCUGCGUUUUUCGUUAGCACGGGUUCCAAUACCUCAUGUCUCGUCACUGGAGCCUCUACAUUAGCAUCACACCCUCUACCAUCCUCUUCAACGACAACGACACCGAUACUCGUCGCGGGUUCCUCGUCCUCAAUCAACACGGGUGCUAUUGUAGGGAUUGUAAUUGGAUCUUUCGGUUUACUUUUUGUUGUCGCCGCGAUAUUCUUCUGUUUGCUCCGGAGACGCAAAGUUGGGAAGCGGAACAGGAACUUCAAAGGAGGAGGAGGGGGAUCAAAAGGCUGGAACGGACUCAAAUCAACGGAUUCGCAUGCGGGGCUGCAAGCGUACAAUAGCAAGUCCUCUCGUCAUAGCAUACAAGAAGAUUCUCUCGAGCAGGCGAACAUGGGCUCUGACGAAGGCACAGCGCCUGAAGACAAGUUCUCCCCGUCCCCAGGCAAAUAUGGUUCCCCAUACGAACAGGAAACGGGGGUGUCGCUAGCGACCUUGCCUACAUUACAGCACAGUCAGGGCCACGAGCCCAUGGGCAGGAGGCUCUCACGCUCCUAUUCACAGGCAUCAACCUCCAACUCACAUAAUGGAUACUCAGUCGGCACCAUGGAAUUCGGGGGUGCCCCUCCCAUCGCCCAUUCCCGUUCUCUACGGGGCCGACGGCCCUCCGUCUCGGAAUCGGUCCGGAAGGCAUCCUUCGAUUCCCCAAGUUACCCACCACCUAUAUCUACAGGGCCAUACCCAUCACCACUCAACCGAUCAACCUCCACCGGAGGCGCUACACAGCCAUCUACGCCAAAUAACUUUUACCAUCAUCAUCAACAGGAAGCACCACUCCAAUCCCCCGUUACGCCUGACGCUAAAAAGGCGAACCGUGCGUCGUUGGGUGGGGGUAGUAAGAAGCGAAAACCGGUGCCGGCGUAUGAAGACCAUGAGCUUGAGCUGUCGUCACAACAACCUUCGCCUGUAUCGCCGACGCAUGCCGCCGCUGCUGCUGCUUUCCCUGAUUUGAGAUCUAAUGGCUCUGAUGCUAGUUUACGUGCGAAUGGGAAUGGGAAUGGGGGACAUUAUACCACGCGGUCAAGGACGAGGAGUCGGCCUGGGUCUGUUCAUUCGCUUGCGCAUAUGGCUGUUGCUGUACAUGACCAGGAAUUGGUGCAUAAGAGCAGCUUUGGGCCUGGUGGUGUUGAGGGUAAGCCGUUGCAUUAUUUGAUACCUGAUAUGCCGAUGCAGCAAUGA